AUGGGCGAUUCGGAAGUUAGGAAACGAUCCGCAAAUUUCACGUCAAGUGAUCGUAAUUUGUUAUUGCAAAUACUACAAGAUUUCAAAGAAACGGUGGAAAAUAAGAAAACGGAUUCCCAAACCUGGAAAACCAAAGACGAUGCAUGGGAUAAAGUAGCUAAAAUGUUUAAUUCACAGACACAGCAAUGUCCACGAACAAAAGAUUCCUUAAGAAAGUAUUAUGAAAAUCUCAAGAGGACAGUAAGAAAGCGGGUAGCAAAUGACCGAUUGCAAUUAAAUCGGACCGGAGGGGGUGCAAUAUCAACAGACACUGAAUUAUGGAUGGAUUUACUUCUGAAUUUAAUAAAUCAAAAAACGGUAUAUGGUUUAGUAAAUAUAUACGACGGCGAUGCAGAUGUAUCAUUACCUGAUACACCAGAUUGUCCAGUAAUAGCUGAACAAACCAUCGAAGAACUAGACGACCAUUGCUAUGCAACAUCUCCGUCAGCGCAUGUCGUAGGUGACUGUGAAACGCCUUCCACAUCCUUGCAGGACUGGAAUAAUGUAGCUGCCAAUGAUCUACCACGACCUAUCUCCAAAGGGCUUGUUGUAGGUGACUGUGAAACUCCUUCCACAUCGGGCUUGCAGGAUUGGAGUAAGGUAGCUGCCAAUGAUCUAUCACAACCACUCUCAAAAGGGCUGAAACGUACGUGGACUAAACGAAGACGACCCGGUAUACAGCAACAAUCAAGCAGCAAAUUGACCGAAGAGUAUUCGAUGUUGGCAAAAAUGAAGUUGCAACUGUGCGAAAUGGAAAAAGAAAAUAUUUCUAUACGUACAGAAAGGGAAAAUAUUAUCUUUGAGCUAUCCAAGAAAAAACUAGAAAAUGAAAUUAAAAUCCAAGAGUUCUUUAUGAGUAAAUAUAACUUGAUAUAA